UACAUUAUUUGUGAACGCAACGACUUCGUAAAAGAUCGAACACGUGUUCGUGUUCAAAGAAAGGAAAAGCAAAAUGGCAAAUUCAGCAAAGGCAACAGAAUUUAAAGAAAAAGGCAACAAGGCACUACAAGCUGGAAAUCUAGAAGAAGCGAUUCAACAUUACACCGAAGCGAUCAAACUUGACCCAAAUAAUCACGUAUUUUACAGCAAUAGAUCUGCAGCGAACGCAAAAUAUGGCUGUUACGACGAGGCCUUAGCUGACGCUAAAAAAACUGUUGAGCUAAAACCUGACUGGGUUAAGGGCUACUCUCGGCUUGGGGCAGCGCAUGCAUUUCUCUCAAAUGCUGAUGAGGCUGAGAAAGCCUAUCGCAAAGGACUAGAAAUUGAUCCAAAUAAUGAACAACUCAAGAAUGAAUUGGAUGCUUUAGACAAGAAAUUCUCUGGUCCUGGAAAAAGUGCUCCACUGAAUAGUCCAUUUAACAGUCCAGAUCUUAUACCAAGACUUGCUGCAAAUCCCGUAACAGCUGGUUAUUUACAAGAUCCAAGUUAUAUGCGUAUACUUCAUGAACUAAAAACAGACUCCAAAGCUGUGGCAAAGUAUUUGCAAGAUCCUCGGGUUAUGAAGACACUGGAAGUUGCUCUUGGUAUUACACUUACAAAAGCUGAGGAACCUCCACCUAGUGAAAGUAAACCAUCAACAAAAAAAGAGGAGAAAACUGAAGAGGUGAAAGAGGAAGCCAUGGAUGUCAGUGUCAGUCAAAGUCAAAAGGAUGCUUUAAAAGAAAAGGAACUGGGGAAUGCUGCUUAUAAACAGAAGGACCUUGAUACUGCAAUUGAACAUUAUACCAAAGGAUAUGAAUUAGAUCCAACCAAUGUAGCUCUAUUAACUAAUCGUGCAGCUGCAUACUUUGAGAAGGAUGAAUAUCAAAAAUGUAUCGAAGACUGUGAAAUGGCUGUAGAAGAAGGAAGAAAACAUAAUGCUGCAUUCAAGAUAAUUGCACGAGCUUUAGAAAGGAUUGGAAAUACUUACCUCAAAUUAAACAAAUUAGAAGAAGCGAUAAAGUACUAUGAAAGAUCGUUGACUGAAUCCAGGUCAGAUGCACUUGUGAAGAAAGUAAAUCAGCUUAAAAAAGAUAUAAAAGAGAAGGAAAAGUUGGCAUACAUCAACCCUGAAAUUGCUGAACAAGAAAAACUGAAGGGAAAUGAACUCUUUAAAGGAGGUAAAUUUCCAGAGGCAAUGAAACAUUACACUGAAGCUAUCAAAAGAAAUCCAAGUGAUGCAAAAUUAUACAGCAAUAGAGCCGCUUGUUAUCAAAAAUUGGCUGAAGUUCGACUUGCGUUGAAGGACUGUGAUGAAUGCAUUAAAUUGGAUCCAAAUUUCGUCAAGGGAUACACACGCAAGGGAGCAUGCCAUUUUGCUAUGAAGGAAUUUAGCAAGGCCAUUGAUGCAUACAACAAGGCACUGGAAAUUGAUAAAGACAAUAAGGAAGCCAAAGAUGGACUGCAAAGCUGUUACAUAAACUCAACAACUCCUUCCUCUGAUCCAGAGGAAGUUAAAAGAAGAGCAAUGGCUGAUCCUGAAGUUCAGGACAUUCUUCGUGAUCCAGCAAUGAGGUUAAUACUUGAGCAAAUGACUGAGAACCCUGGUGCAAUACAAGAUCAUUUGAAGAAUCCUGAAAUUGCCAGAAAGAUACAGAAACUCAUGGAAGUGGGUGUUUUGCAAAUGCGAUGAUGGCCAAUAAAACGGAAAUUCAUGAUCUCAAGGAUAGUUUUUAGUCAAUAUGUCCUAAGUUCCUCCAUAAACAAUUUGAUUUAAUAUCGAAUUUCAUAAAUGUCUCCAUAUUUGCUCUUUUAAUGCUACUGUAAUUGCUAUGCAAAAUAUUUGUUGAAUAAAAUCUUGACCGUGCUUUGCAAAA